AUGGAGCGUGAGAAUCUUGAGCGGGGGAAGUUCUCUUCUUCCUUCAGCAUUGAAUGUGAAGGUGCUUACGAAAAACGUUUUCCAACCUGCCCGGAGAUCCCAGUUUUUCUGGGCAGUGAGAUCCUUCAUGAAUCCAAGAGUGAAGACGGAGCCAUUCAGAUCAUUGAAAGGAGUUGCAAAUUGAAUGUGGAUGCACCUCGGCUACUCAAGAAAAUUGCUGGGGUAGAAUAUGUCUUUUUCAUACAAAAAAAUACAGUGAACUGGAGAGAGAGAACCCUCGUUAUUGAAGCCCAUAAUGAGACCUUUGCCAACCGUGUCAUUGUCCUGGAGACAUGCAACUACUCGGUCCAUCCGGAGAACGAAGAUUGGACGUGUUUCGAACAGUCUGCAUCCCUCGAUAUCAAAUCAUUCUUUGGGUUUGAAAACACAGUAGAGAAGAUCGCCAUGAAGCAGUACACAGCCAACAUCAAGCGGGGCAAAGAAGUAAUCGAGCAUUAUCUAAAGGAGCUGAUAUCCCAAGGGAUCACUUUUAUCCCUCGGUGGACUCCCCCGGAAGUCAAGGGGAGCCUCCGGAAGAGGAGUCCAUCCGGAAGCAAUAACGGUACAAUACCGCCGGAAAGCCACCCGCACGGAAGUGAGAAAGAACAGCGAGGCAACAACGCCUGCCCUGCGGGGGAGGCUUCCACUCCUGAAGGGGACAAACUGGAUGCUGAUUACAUAGAACGUUACCUGGGACAAUUAAGCCCCAUGCAGGAAAGCUGCUUGAUCAGACUUCGCCAGUGGCUCCAAGAAAUGCAGAAAGGAAAGGUACCCAAAGAUGAAUACAUCCUCCGUUUCCUCAGGGCUCGGGACUUUAAUAUUGACAAGGCUCGGGAAAUGCUCUGCCAGUCCUUGGCAUGGCGAAAGCAAUACCAGGUGGAUUACAUUCUGCAAACCUGGAGACCACCUUCCCUUUUGGAAGAAUUCUACGCCGGGGGUUGGCAUUACCAGGACAAAGAUGGAAGGCCCCUCUACAUCCUUCGCCUUGGGCAAAUGGACACCAAAGGUCUUGUGAAAGCUCUGGGAGAGGAAUCCCUUCUUCGUCAUGUCUUGUCAAUUAACGAGGAGGGACAAAGAAGAUGUGAAGAAAACACCAACCUCUUAGGCCGCCCUAUCUCAUCCUGGACAUGUUUAGUUGACCUUGAAGGGCUAAACAUGCGUCACCUCUGGCGCCCUGGUGUGAAAACCCUCCUCAGAAUUAUUGAAGUGGUUGAAGACAACUAUCCGGAGACUUUAGGGAGGUUGUUGAUUGUGCGAGCACCAAGGGUGUUUCCUGUUCUCUGGACUUUGGUGAGC